AUGAGCUCUGCUACCAUCAUACAAAUCAUCUUGGCAAUCUUAUUGCCCCCCGUGGCCGUGUUCACCACCGACGGCUGUGGAGCCCAGCUCAUCAUCAACGUGGUACUCUUCGCCUGUUUCAUCUUCCCGGCUGUGAUCCAUGCACUCUAUCUGGUCUGGGUCGACAAAAAGCACAAAGAGCGAGUGUACGUGGUAGAGUACGAUGUGAGGUCGGACGGAAGUGGGGAUCGUCGGGGUAGUCAGGACAGUCGGUUCAGUCGAGGCAGUCGUGGAAGUCGGCGUGGUCGUGAUAGAAGGGAGGUUCAUUUUGAAUGA